CGAGGGGACAAAAGGCGUGGGGAUUUUGGAACUCCGGGAGCUUUUUAUUCUGAUAAUGGUGGAGUGUAGAUUAGACUAAAAUAUUCUUCCGGUGGAGCUCUGCAGUGGUACUGGUGGCUGGCGAUUGGAUCGUGUUGGAGGUCAAUGGAUCAAUAUAAGCAAUCGGAUGCGACCGCCGCUGCCUCCGUCGAUGUGUUACCUACCCGGCCGCUCCGUUGCAUCGUCAAGCUCGGUGGCGCUGCAAUUACAUGUAAAAAUGAGUUAGAGACAAUUAAUGAGGACAACCUUAAUGUAGUUUCAUCACAGUUAAGGGAAGCAAUGAUUAGGGGAAGUUGCCAUGGAAUGGAUUGGAGCAGAAAGCCUGGAUCUUCAGACACCCCAUCUGUUCCCGAUAAUUUUGAUGAUCAGUUAUCGUCGGACUCCAAAAAUUUUAUAGUCGUUCAUGGUGCAGGUUCUUUUGGCCAUUUCCAAGCCAGCAAGUCGGGGGUCCAUAAGGGUGGUUUGAGCCGACCUCUUGUCAAGGCUGGUUUUGUCGCUACACGAAUAUCUGUUACAUCCCUUAAUCUUGAAAUUGUCAGGGCACUAGCAAAAGAAGGCAUUCCUUCUAUUGGAAUGUCUCCAUUUUCAUGUGGCUGGUCGACUUGUGAAAGAAAUCUAUCUGAGGCAGAUAUAUCGACUGUGAUUAAAGCUCUUGACGCCGGUUUUGUACCGGUUCUACACGGAGAUGCCGUGCUGGAUCGUUCACAGGGCUGUACCAUAUUAAGUGGAGACGUAAUCAUUCGUCUUCUGGCAGAACAAAUGUGCCCCGACUAUGUUGUUUUUCUUACUGAUGUUUUCGGGGUAUAUGACCGUCCACCAUCCGAUCCCGACGCCAUACUUCUUAGGGAAAUAGCUGUGCACGACGACGGCAGCUGGUCUGUGCUGAAACCACAAUUACUCGACGCAACCCGGCAAGUCGAGAUUACUGUGGCGUCGCACGACACAACUGGCGGAAUGAUCACCAAGAUUACAGAAGCAGCCAUGAUUGCUAAACUGGGAAUUGAUGUCUACAUUGUAAAGGCAGCGACAGAGCACUCGGCGCGGGCCCUGAAAGGGCAGCUGAGAGAAAACAUGGCGGAGGAUUGGCUCGGAACAGUCAUCCGCCUUGUCAAAUAGAGCCACUGGCUGCUCUUUGUGUUCUCAAUCUUGUUUUUGUAUUUUACUUAAUUUACAUGGAAAAAUUUUAAAAAUUUAAAAGGGAUAGCCAACUGGGUCUAUGAAUCUGUUUCGAAAAAUACAAUUUUCAUUAAUAGAUUGAUUUUGUUUCACUGUGA